AUGGUCAAGGAAGAGCUACACUCCAUAGCAUCGGCGUUGGUGGGAGGGGCCCGAUAUGGCGUCAAGAUAAGACUCCCUCAUGCCUUGGUUAUGACGUUUCUCUUUCGUCGAGACUUGAGCAGCAAGGACAAGAUCAAGAGCAUCCUCCGAUUGGUCUAUUCUCAUGCAGCCAGUUUGGCAGCGUUUGCUACCAUCUACAAGGCCAUAUUGGCACUCCUCAAGCUAACAUCCAGAAAGUUACUCACCAGUGCGGGUAAUAAUGAUCUAGCUUGGAGGACGGCGGGACGAAAGAUUCUAUCCAUGAUUGUGGAUGGACCGCUUCCGGGCGAAAGUCGGCUAUUACAGUCUGCUGCUGCAGCAGCGCCGCCUGGUCAUCCGGAACGCACUCACCAUGCUUUUAUUGCGGGUGCUGUUGGCGGCUACUUUGUCUGGGGUCAAUACUCAUCCUUGAAUCACCAGAUUCUGCUUUACCUAGCCAGCCGUGUAUUGGUGGGGCUGUGGAAGCGCAUGCUGAGAAGAAGAAAUGCCAGGCUCGAAGCAGAAAGCAAUACUCCAUCCGGUGACUCCUUGCAAAUUCACCAUCCGCAAACCUUUCCCUUGCUAGCAGCAAUGACUUGGGCUUGUGUCAUGGCUUUGUGGGAAGAGUCUCCCGACGUGUUGCAUCCGUCCUUGAAAAAGAGUAUGGACGAGAUUUAUCGAUAUGUCCUAUAG